AUGGAAGAUUUGGGACUGAAGCAUGAGUUAGAAUAUCUCGGGCUAUCUGAAGUUCCAAAUAAGGCUGUCGCUAGCAAAUCCGAUUCUAUGCCGAUCCUAUCCUCAAUAUUGAGCUACGGAUUUAAGGACAAUACCAAGCCGAGUCCACAAAUGAGAGAACCUUUGGAACAAAGUGCUUCUGUUAAUCCAACGGAAGCUAAUUGCAUACCGGUGAUGAAUGAAGUGCCUCCUCCCCGUGUUUCCCAACAAGUUCCAGGACAGCGACGUCACAUAUGCGAACACUGUGGAAGAUCGUUUGCCCAAAAGUGCCGCCUUCGGUCACACGUAGAAGUUAUUCACUUUAAACAACGUCCAUACAUAUGUUAG